AUGAGAGCUGGAAUAGAGACAGCUUCCUCAGCUACUGAAACCACUUCAGUCUCUGAAACAGCCUCUUUAUGUAUAUCUGGAAGUUCCUUAACUUCAGGUAUCCUGACCUCUUCAACUGCGGCCAUCUGGAUCUUUUCAGGAGUCUUUUCCUUGGCAGGGGCUACAAAAAUAAUUUCAGAAGGAGUCACUACUUCUGGGAUCUCUUCGGUGGGUGUGACCACCUCUACUUCAUCUGGAGGCUCUUCCCAAGUGAUUUUAAUAGCUUCUGUAUCUUCUGGUGCUUCUUCAUAUGUGAUUGAAACCACUUCAACAUCUUCUGGUGUAUCCUCCCUCGUAGGCGUAACUACCUCAACCUCCUCUGGAUGUACCUCCUCUUCUGGUAGUUCUUCUUCAGACUCUUCUGUUAACUCCCUUGGAGCAUCCUCAGACAACUCAUCAUCUGUGAUUCUAUCUGAAGUGGCUGAUGAUGCAAGUACAUCAUCAUCAGCUGUGAACAUCUCAUCAACUGAGCUGGUCUCAUCAUACGAAGUUGUUCUUCCAGCAUCAGUAUAG